UCAAGAUGGAAGCGUUCUUAGCAAUUUUUUGUCUUUGGUUGUAAAAUUUUGUAUAUUUAAGGUCUAUUCAAGCGAGAUUAAGAGAAAUGGAUGAAUACGAGGAUGAUGAAGGAAACAUGUGGGACGCUGGACACGAUGGAGGAGAUUCACCAGAGGAAGAUGAAGAGGAUGAAGAAGAGAAAUUUGCUGCACAGCAAGAGUGUUUGGACUUAUUUUCUUGUAAAGAUUACAUUAUGGAACCAGGAGUGUUUGGCACUCUGAAAAGAUUCCUGCAAGCUGGUGGAUCUCCAGAAAAAGUUGUGGAGAUGUUGUCUGAUAAUUACACAGCUGUAGCCCAGACUGUCAAUCUUUUAGCUGAAUGGCUCAUUCAAGCAGGUGUGGAUAUCAAAAUUGUACAGGAAAUGGUGGAAAAUCAUCUGAAGACAAUGAUAAUGAAACACUUUGAUCCCAAGAAAGCUGAUUCUAUCUUUACAGAUGAAGGAGAGACUCCUUCAUGGUUGGCUGAGAUGAUUGAGUUUCCUACGUGGAGAGAAUUGUUUUACAAACUGGCAGAGGAGUACCCAGACUGUCUAAUGCUUAACUUUACUGUCAAGUUAAUAUCCGAUGCUGGCUACCAGGGGGAGAUAACCUCUGUGUCCACAGCCUGCCACCAGAUUGAAGUUUUCUCCCGAGUUCUGAGGACAUCAAUCACAGGGAUGCUUGAGGGAGGGGAGGAAACAAUCACCAAAAAUCUCCCAGAAUUCACAAAAAUGGUUUGCCAUGGAGAACACACAUACCUGUACAGUCAGGUUCUGAUGCACAUUCUGGCCCAGGAAACCAAGGGUGGAUCUAACAUUCGGCGGUUAUGUCAGGAAUUACAGAAAAGUGCCCAGGCUAGAGAGAUGGAUGUGACCCCCAUUACUCUGGCCCUCAGUGGGGCAGCUGCUUACCCCAGGGCUUGUCAAGCCCUCUCCUCCAUGUUGUCCAGAAAUGCCCUGAAUCCAGCAGAUAUCACUAUUUUGUACAAAAUGUAUAUGGAGAUGAACCCUCCUCCUGUUGACCUGAUUCGAGUUCCUGCUUUUUUGGAGCUUUUAAUUGAUGCCCUUUUCAAACCUUCAUCCAGAGUAAAUCCUGAACAUAAAUCUAAGUAUAUAUUUGUCUUGUCCUAUGCAGCAAGUGUCACAGAAGUUUAUAAAAAGGGUCAAAGAAAGAAUAUCAAUAAAGAUGAGCUGAAGCCCACAACUCAGGCCUUAGAAAGAGUGCAAUCUCUUUGUGCUGAGAAUAAAAGCUCAUCCGAGCUUAUCUCAGACAUCAACACACUCUUCCUUAAUAUCAAAUUUCCAGUGAUAGCUUACGGAGUCCUACGCUGGGUGGAUUACACCGUAUCAGAUGCCAGUUAUUUUAAACUCAACACAGACCACACUCCUCUACACCUGGUUCUAAUUGAUGAAAUUGUUACAAACCAUACUCUUCUACAUCAACCAGCCCUAGACCUCUUUAUCAGAGUGUUUGAGUCUUCAUUUGAGGAUCUAGAGGUGCUUUUUAGGUUGGAGCUUAAGAAGGCUGUCCUAGACCGAAUGGUUCAUCUCUUUAGCCGUGGCUUUGUCAUUCCUGUUGUGACAUACAUCAAAAACUGUCUGGACAAACAAGACACAGAUAUUUCACUCAUCAGACAUUUUGUUACUGAGGUUCUGGACAUUAUUGCCCCUCCCUACACCCCUGAGUUUGGCCACCUGUUUUUGCCCCUAAUAGAAUGUAGGGACAUCACAGGUUCUAUACGAUCAGAUGAUGGCAGUGACCCUGUCUCAGAGUUCAUAUUGCAUUGCAAGUCAUAGUGUCAAAUAUCUCCAUUGACAUUGUGCUAAUUUAUAUCUCAAAUGGAUCGGUGGGAACUGGCCCGUGGAAUUUCCAAGAGAAAGUGAUUUUCAUGUGAUGAAAGGUUCCAGGGCUUACUGGAAAAGAAAACUUUCCAUUUAGGACCAAUCAGACUGCUUACAAACAGGAAUGUAAACAUUUCUAAAUAUAGAAAAGCAGUGUCAUAUUUUUAAGAAUGUUAUUUUGUUACUGGCAUGUAUUUUUGCAUGUUUUAUGUUGUCAUAUAAACUUGCCAAUAA